AUGGCGAAGAUGCGCGUGUCCUACGAGUACUCGGAGGCCGAGGACAAGAGCAUCCGGCUGGGCUUGUUCCUGAUCGCCUGCGGGAUCCUCAGCCUCUUCAUCCUGGGCUUCUGCUGGCUCAGCCCCACGCUGCAGAGCCUCCAGAGCAAACCGGCCAACUGCACGGUGGUGUCUGUGCUGCGUCCGGAGGAGAUGUUCGAGUGUGUGUUCACCUGUGGGGCGGACUGUAAGGGCACCUCUCUCUACCCCUGCCUGCAGAUCUUUGUCAACAACUCCGAGUCCAACUCCGUGGCCCUGCUGCACUUUAAUGAGCAGCAGCUGGUCCUCAACCCAAAGUGCUCGUACGUCCCCCCCUGUGAGAGGGACAACCAGAGGAACAGAGACAACGUCCUGUGGUGGGAGGAUUUCUUCACCAAAGAGGUCAGCAAUGGCUCCUUCACCUGCUACUUCAACCAGCAGAGGAGAUCGAUGCUACAGCAGGAGAUUGCAGACGUCCGGCUCUGCCGAGGCGUUUUGAGACAGGCUCCACUCUCUGACCCCAUAAAAAAAGACUCCUGA